UCCACUGACACAGACAGCAGCCCUGGAACCCUACACAUCCACAACACAGUGUUACUGAGAUUGCUGCUUCAAUAGUUGAAGGAGGUUCAGGACUGUACAAUGCAGGAGAGCAGAGUGAGUGGGUCCUAAACAUCAUCUUACUGAGUGCAGAUUACAAUCACCAGCAGCAGGUCCUCACUGCUCAUACAAGGGGAGGAAGUAAGAGGAAAAACACUCCUCCCCCUCCUCCCUGUCCCUCCACCACCCCCAGGUCUGUCUCUGCUGCCCAGCACACUGGAUUCAUCUGUUUCAGCACUUGGACAGCUCCAUCGCAUUAGCAGCAAACUGUGGGUUUAUUGAGGAGAAGAGCAGCUGCCUCGGACUCUCUGCUCUGCCCCUGAUGACUAUGGCCAGCGUCCAACAAGGGGAAAAGCAGCUCUUUGAGAAGUUUUGGAAGGGGACUUUUAAAGCGGUGGCCACUCCACGAAGGGAAAGUAUUAUUGUUGCCAGCAUCACCGCUCGCAAGCCGCUACCAAGUUAUGACAGUAUCACCAGCUCAACAUCUCCGCUUAAAGAGCAGAAGUAUGACCAGCAGAAUGGGAGUCUGACACAUGGGAGUCCUGCAGAACGGCUUGGGAGGGACCUCUCUAUAUAUCAUCCACAUAGCCCUGCAGGAGCAGAACGCAGCUCUUCCCCACCACAGAAAUCCAAAAAGAAGAAGAAAAAAUCAGAACGCAAGAAAAGAAAAAGGUCUCGGUCUUAUAGCCCUUCCCCAGUAAAAAAGAAAAAGAAGAAGAGUUCAAAGAAGCGGAAGAGAAACAGGUCUUCCCCCAAGAAAAAAAGACACAGCUCGUCCAGUCCAAAAAGUAAAAGGAAGCAAGACAAAAAGCACAGAAAGCACUCACAUGGCAGGCAACGAAAAUCCCAUCACCAUCAUCACCAUCGUUCUCGUUCAGCAAGUUCCGAGUCUAGGUCCUCAAGCUGUGAAAACCGGUUAAGGGACCAGUCCAAAGAAGAGAGGCACCGAUCAAAACGAAAGGGACACAAAUGCAGAGAUUCUAGGUCUGUAAAUAAGAAGCAGAGAGAAAGCAAACUUCAGUGCUCUAUCCUGCCUGCACCGAACGGCUGCUCUACCAAGAUAAUUCCUCAAUCAGUUCCUGGCCUUUUGGUCACAGCUGAGAGUAACGGAAGCUGCCGAAAGGACAAUACAAAUGAAUACGACUCAGGGAAUGAUACAUGCUCACCUCCUUCAACACAGGCAAGCUCAUCAAGGUUGAAGGUCAACCAGGAAAAAGAUAGCCCAAAUCAUCAAGAAUUUGGGCAAGUUCCUUCCUCUGGGAAAACUCCAAAUGGUCAUAGCGACAAUAUCUCUGAUUCAGGGAAUUCGUCGGCCAGUUGUUUCUCUUUUACCAAGGAUGGCACACUACUUUUGGCUGACUCACGGACGCAGGAUAAGAGAAGCAUCUCCUCAUGUCUGGGAUGUCUGGAGGAACAGAAGAGUCUAUCCGAUCUGUCUCCAGACCGGAACUCUACACGCAGUCGCCGGUCAAGAAGUUCCACUUACACAGAUACUCAAAGAUCUUGCUCUCACAGUUCAAGCCAUUCCAUCAGCUCUAACUCAUCACACUACCGAUCUUCUGGAAGGAAGUCUCGAUGCCGAUCCAGCUCCUCAGAAGCACGAUCUUACUCAAGAUCCCCAAGCUACUCCUCAAAAUCUGAUGGGAGAAGUCCAGCAAGUAGAAGUUCACGGACUCGACGCAGUCCAAGUUACUCUCGCUACAGCCCCAGCAGGGAUCGAGAUCAUGGCAGCAAAUAUAGCUCCAGUGAGAAGGAAACACGUAAAAGGACUCACAGGAGAAGACGCAGUUAUUACUCUCCAUUAAGAAAACGCAGGAGAGAUUCCCCAAGCCAUCUAGAAGCCAGAAGAAUAACAAGUGCUCGCAAGCGUCCAAUACCAUACUACCGGCCUAGCCCAUCCUCCUCCAGCAGUGCAAGUAGCACCCCUUCUUUUUAUGGAAGUCACAGUUGGUCCAGAAGUCGCAGCUACUCUAGUGACAGGAGCAGCAGGAGUCGCAGUACUAGGAGUGGGCGAAGCCGAAGCAGAGAGUGGAGCCGAAGCUCCCGGGAGCGCAGUCGGAGCCGUAGCUGGAGCCAGAGUUCUGAUUCUUGCAACAGCACCAGGCGUUAAGACUUUUAUAAGACUGCCAUUGGCUUCUGUGUUGUUUGUAACAGAAAUGUAGAGCAGGGCUACAAUAACGCAAAUAGUUUAGAACCUUUUUUUCCAUACAAUGAUAUCAACAAAGUCCAGGUACCUUUUCUAAAUAGGUUCAUUUUCAGCAGCUCCACUUGGAGAAGAAACUGUAAAAAAGGUACCACUUCUCUAAAUCUUUCAUAUCCCUCUAAACUAAGUGGUAGUCAAGUUGCCAUGCAUAACUGGAGUCUAUGUAAGCGGCCCUGCUCGGAUGAGUCGUAGCACCUAUAUGUUCAGUCCCAUUAGGGGUUCCAUGACACAGUGACACACACAUGGAAUGGCAAGCAUGUCAAUUUGUCUUACAUUUCUAGACAUCAAAUCGCUUUACAAUAGGUACUGCCUCAAAACUUGUAAUAGGGUCUUAUUUACUUUUUGAGCUUCAGAAUAAAAAUGUAUUAUCUGUAGGUCUUUUGCACUGACAGGGUUAAUAAGGGUCAAUUAAAAAAAAUUAGAUUCUAGCAGCCAUCUAACUGUGCAGUUUGACCUUCACAAUGUGAUUGGGUUGAUAGCUCAAAGGCAGCUUUGCCUUAGAUCUGAAUUGAGUCCUUUUUGUCACACGUAUGAAGCCAUUUAGAAGGACCUAUUUGGGCUGCAAUAACCCACAGUGACAAAGUCCUUCCGAUCAUGUACUGAAUAUAGACAGGAUAUUUAGACACUUGUCUGAAUCAUUCCUAUCAAAGAAACAUUGAGUCAUUAAUAUCAGCAAACUGAAAAUAAUAUCAUUCUGCAAAAGAUUAAGCUGAAAGAGAGUCAGCAGUGCAUUUCUGAUACAAAUUGUGUUAAUGCUAUUUAUUUAUUUAAGUAUUUAUUUUGGUAUUUAUUAAUGUUUACAUAAUUUAUAAAGUGACAUCCAUUGCAAUCAAUCUGUUCUACAUGCAUACAUAAUGAACUAUUUCAACUCUAUAAUGACAUUUCAUUGUCAUGGCAACAGCUGCGGUGCUGCUAUACGAUAUGAGAAAAUGGCGGCAUCCUGUCUAACAAACAUCUUAUCUAGGAUUGUCAACUCUGAGUUAGGAUUUUUUUUGUUGUCUCAAUGUGUCAGGGAAAUAUGUCAGUAGAGCAAUGGCUCCUAAACCAGUCCUUGUG